AUGUGCGAGCUUCAGCUGAGCGCUUGUUCAGACCAGAUGCUGCUGCUGGCUGCUGGACUGUCUGUGGGUCUGCUGGUGUUCUGCUCCUGGAGGAAGAAGACCCGGCAGAGUCAGUACCAGGAGCUGUUCUCUGUGGUGCCGUCUGUUCCUGCAGGCCCUGCUCCACUCAUCCUGGUGUCUCAGGGUUCCUGGACAUUGCCCAGUGACAUCCCUUUCACAAUUCCUCCUCGCUUCAUCCCACAAAGCAAAAAGGAUUUAAAAAAUGAUGAGCUGGAGGCUGCAGAAGGUCAGGAAAUUCAGAAGACUGAGACCCAGCAAGACAUCCUGGCUCAUCGCGAGUCAUUAUCUGUGAGAGGUUGGUACCCUGUGGGGUCUGUGCUGACAGGCCUGUACUCUGUCAGUGCUCUAAACGAGGUGGUGGCCCCGCCUCCUGGCAUGGCUACUCGUCUCCUCUUCUCUGUGGAGUACCGACAUAGCAGCGAGCAGCUUGUGGUUUUCCUGCUCCGCCUUGGAAACCUCCCUCCCCGUUUCCACUCCAACGCGACUCUGGUGGAGCUGCGACUUCUGCCAGAUGACCGGCGACCCCGUCAGGCGAAAGGUCGAGGGACAGGACCUGACCCAGAGUUCAACGAUUUCUUUGUUUUCCAGGCUUUUAAAGCAUUUUGUGCAUGUUGUGGAAUUGCAUUUGUGCAGGUGUCAGGAGUGUGUGUGCAGGAGUGCACCCUCAGUGUUUGUGUGCUGAGCCGUGAGGCCGACGGUAAGCGUCACGCGGUGGGCAGGGUGCUCUUCCCUCUGAAGGGGGAGCUAGGGCUGGCUGGCAGGGUGCUCUGGAAAGACUUGGAGCUGGAGGACGAUGUGCAGUGCUCGGAGCUGGGGGACGUCCAGAUUUCUCUGUGCUACAGUUCCUCUCAGCAGCGCCUCUCAGUGGGAGUUUUGCGAGCCCGAGGCCUCCAACUGUUAACAGACGCAGGUGUGUGUGUGAAGGUGGGCCUUCAGUUACACUCUCGAGUGAUAAAAACGAAGCGCAGCUGUGAGGUGAACGAAGGACCUGACCCUUUCUUCAACUACAAAACAACUUUUAAACUGAAGCUGCAACAUCUGGAUGAAGCUUGUCUGAGGUUUGAGAUACAGCAGCCCAACAAAAGCCACUCAGAGCUUGCCUGCCAGCUGGGGGGGCUGGUGUUAGGUCCAUUUAUGUAUGCCAGGGGUCCUCAGCUUCAGCACUGGAUGGACAUGGUGAAUCCUGAACAGGAGCCGGUCAAACUGUGGCAUGGGCUUGGCAGGGCCGCCUGACAUCCCCCAGCCAGACGCACAGGACGUGCACAGAAAAAAAAAAGAGAAAACCCUGAUGUUUGAAUGUGUUUUGAAUGUUUUUUAGAGGUUAGAGGUUUUAGAGGUAGAGCUGUUGGUUUGCAUCCAUACUUGAGGAGAGCAAGUUUUAACCUUUACAUUACCGUUAAAAUGUGGUUGUAAAAGAAUAAAAAAAUCUUUUUAACUUGUCUUGUCAUAUCUGAGUUGUGGAUUGUAUCCUCAUUUUUUAUUCUCCUUAUAUUAACCCUUGUGCUAUCUUAGAUGACCCCACCCUUACAUUGACGUGUUCUUCCUACCAUGACAAAGGUGGAUAAAGGUGGAAAGAUUUCAUGUAAUCCAUGGACACCAGUGAAGAUCACAAAUCAUUGAAGAAAAAAAGGUUCAGAGCAUUGUCUAGUGGUUUCAGAUGACCCAACUCUCAAUGUUAAAGUGCCUAGGAUAGCACAAGGGUUACACAUACUCAUCAUUCAUUAAUGUUGUGUAAAAUUAGCAAUUUCUUUUUUUCGUAUUGCUCCAUAAAUAUUGUUGCAUUCAAUAAAUUGUUCCUUGAAACAUGA